AUGAAAGUGAUCGAAGAAGCGAACUGGUUGACCCUACCCGAGGACAUCGAGAGUGGCGGAGGCUUCGAUGCCGUCAUCUGCCUGGGGAACUCUUUCGCUCAUCUCCCAGACUUCCAGGGGGAUCAAGCCGACCACAGAUUGUCGCUGAAGAAUUUUGCAGAGUUCGUGAAGCCCGGCGGGAUCUUCCUCAUCGACCACCGCAACUACGACUACAUACUGGACACGGGGAAAACACCUGCCAAAAACAUCUACUACAAUAGUAAGUACAUAAAAGACAUCACGACAUCCACAGUGUACAAGGAAGGGAAGGCAUACAUGGUAACAAUGGAUUAUUGCAUGGACACAACCACCAUCGAGGACAAUUUUGACGCCACUGACUCCAAGUAUGCCAAAAAGGGAAGACUCCAUGGCAAGGCUCUCAAUCACUUUCGGUUGUCGUAUUAUCCCCACCGUUUGAACGACUUCAUCGGAUUGCUUAAAGAGGCAUGCGGUCCCAAUUCUGCCAUUACUACCUAUGGAGAUUUCAAGCCCGUCGGAGAAGUCCCUGACCCAGCAUUUUACAUUCAUGUCGUUCAAAAGCCUGAAUAAAUGUUCCAGAAUCAGGCACACUAGUGCGGUACUUCACGCCCCAGUGAUCGGAAUGUCUUGAGUUCUUCGUGCUGUAUUUGAGAUACAUUAUGGUGGAUGUAAAUUUCUCAAACUAGAUGAAUAAGAAAGAAAACGGAUAAUAAAGUUUCCUUACGUGA